UUUACCAGUGAAAAAAAAAAAAGAAAAAGAAAUAAAUAGGUGAUAAUGAAGAUUUAAUAAACAAGCCAACAUGAGCCUCCUCACAAACUCCACCACUCUCCUUCGACCAUCAAAACUAUCUUCGCCCCUUCUUCAUCCCCACACAGCCUCCAUUGCCACCCACUUCACUCAGAGAAGAAGCAGAAGAUGCAACCUACUAAGGGUUUCAUCUUCCCCACAAAACCCAACUGCCACCAUUGCAGAACCAGUAACAACCACUCAAAGUGAUGAAGCUAAUGGUGAUGGUGGUGAUGAGUCCAAAUUGCUUUCUGGGUCCAGUGUUGUGAGGGCUUUCUAUGCAGGAAUCAAUAGUCAUGACCUUGAUUCUGUGGAGGAGCUCAUUGCCCACAACUGUGUCUAUGAAGACCUCAUCUUUCCCCAACCCUUUGUGGGUCGUAAGGCGAUCAUGGACUUCUUCAACAAAUUUAUUGAUACCAUAAGCAUGGAAUUGCAAUUUGUGAUUGAUGACAUAUCAGAAGCUGAUUCCUCGGCUGUUGGGGUUACAUGGCACUUGGAAUGGAAGGGGAGGCCUUUUCCAUUUAGCAAAGGGUGCAGCUUUUAUCGGUUGGAGGUGUUGAAUGGCAAAAGGCAAAUAAUUUAUGGGCGAGAUAGUGUGGAGCCAUUUUUCAAGCCAGGAGAGACAGCUUUGGUAGCCAUCAGGGGGGUAGCUUGGCUGCUGCAACGGUUUCCAAAAUUAGCAGACUGGUUAUGAUUCCAUUCUAUGAUGUGGCUGUUAAUUGCGUUCAAAACUUGUGCCUUCUAUGUCAAAACCCAAUAGAGAAGCAAUCCUGGGUUUGUAUUUGUAUAAUAUAGUUCUCCAACCAACCCUUCAAACUUCAUAAAACAAGUACAGAUAUUCAUAUAAAGUGUACAUAGAAGGAGAAAAUUCAAAGAAAACAUGAGUUUGGACAUGC